AGUACUUAGGGGACCAUGAAGGUCAGUGUGGUGUGUGUGUUGCUGCUGCUGGCUGCUGUCUGUGUCGGAGUGCACAGCGAAAUGAAGAUGGUGAAGCUGUGCGGCAGGGAGUUUGUCAGAGCCGUCAUCUACACCUGUGGAGGGUCACGGUGGAGGAGAAUACCAGGUGGGGGGGACCUGCCAGGUCCAGGACAGAUGUCUCUGAAUCCUUUCUCCCAAUCUCUGAACUCCCUGGAGGACAUCAGCAGUGAGGACAGCAGGGAGAUCUUCAGCAGCAGCAACCCAUUAGUUAAGAGAGAAGCCCCCCUCAAGCUGGAGCGGGAUCUUAAUCAAAUCCUCACUACUGGCUGUUGCCAGUUUGGCUGCAAUAAAAAAGACCUUAGUUUUCUCUGCUAGAGCAGGACUGUGGCACUGUGCCCAAAGCUCCUGUUGUUUUAAAUCCAGGAAAGCUACGGCUUCGCCAUUUAGAUUGUCAUUGUAAAUAACACAUUCAUUGCAUGAGCCGCUUUUUGUUUUGAUGAAAGAAACCUGAAUUCUUUGUACCAAACAUAUAGGAAAUGUCUGAUGCGAUGCCCAGUUUUGCAGAUCACCUAAGAACCGAAAAUAUACCAUGCAGUGCUUUUAGUGUAGAGCUUACAAAUCUGCUUCUCCUCUCUGUUGUGUUUAGAAGUAAAAAUCAGCUGCAGAGAAAGAAAAAAGAACAGCUUUAAAUGAAUCAGGGGAAUUGUUUAAUGAAGGGGUUUAUAAAUCUGGUUGAUAUAGAUGUAUCAAUAUUAUUUACAUCUGAAAAAUUGGAAUAUUAAAAAAAAA